CUAAUGUCUCAGUCAGUUUUCUCAGUCAGGAUUACAAGAAGAAGUACUCCGAGCAGAUCCUUUGUUAAUACGGUGAGUUGUUGGUUUUAUUUCCUUACCUUUGUUUGCACAGGAUUUAAUUUUUUGUAGGUUUUUUGCAGUGCUUUACAGACGAAGAAUUUUGGUUUAAUGCUGUGAGAUGCAUCAAAGAUAAAGAAGUAUUUAUGGCAAUAACUUUUCUGCUCAUCCUGUUUGCCUUGAUCUUGAAGUACAGUUAUUUCUGCAAACUUGCACAUCCAUUCAGACUGCAUUAUUAUUGUCCUUGUGAAUCUGUAAAUGAACACCUUCGAGUCCAUAGUCCAGAUAUCUCUGAUGCCACUGGAAAUGCUAAUCUACAUUUUAGAUAGUUUACAUCUUCAUUGAGGAGAUGAGGCUGUGUCUAUUAUCCUACAUCGUCUGCUUGAUGGCUCCUGUUUGCCUCAGUCAACUUCAAGGUUGUCCUGGACCCAAAGGUGACCCAGGUCUUCCAGGAGUUGAUGGGAGAACUGGUUCACCUGGUUUACCUGGAUUAAAGGGGUUAAAAGGGGACAAAGGAUACAGUGGACUGCCUGGGGAGCCUGGAAGACCUGGAUUGAGUGGGAUAUGUUCACAAGAUAUCGUUGAUUCCAGCUGCCCGGACCUCAAAGCCUUAGAGAAGAGUGUUGUUGAGUUAGAGUUGACUAUAAACUACGACUUCGUCCGGAGAGUUGGUCAGAAGUACUUUGUGUCCAACAAACAGAGAGACUCCUUCUCCGAAGCCGUCAAGUUCUGCUCCCAGCGAGGCUUAGAGCUGGCUUUGCCUCAGAACGAGGAGGAGAACAACAUGAUCACUCAGUUCUUUGGGGAUGUUUACAAAAUGGCCUGGAUCGGUGUCAACAAUAAAAAAGCAGAGGGGAAUUUUAGGGCUGAUAUGAAAAACCGACUUCUGAGCUUUACCAAGUGGGGAGCAGGACAGCCAGACAGAUCUAUCCAGGACGCCGGCUGCACCAUGCUGUUAGAAAACGGUGUCUGGAGUGUAACACAUGAAUGCUUCCUGAAUGGUUUCAUCAUUUGUCAGAUAUAGAAGGUUUCCAAUCACUUGCAAGUUGUGUUUUAAUUCAACGCAUGCCAAAGUAUACACAUAAAGCACUUAAUAGAAAGUUGUUGGUUUCCAGCUGAAGUGUUAAGUUUAGUAUUACGGUAUUAUUCCAUUAAAAUGGGAUUCAUCUUUUUUUUUUUUCAAACCUGGGACCUGUUUAAGAUGUAUAAUCGACCAGUGGGUUCAAACUGUUGUGUACUUGCUCAAUGAAAUCCUUUUGGUGGACUUUCUUGAGGAAAGAAAUGGCACAUUAUUUCAUGAUAAUAAUAUUUGUAAUUCAUGUGAUAGUUUAUUUUUCACUUUUAUCCAAUGGUUCUUAAUUUGUCCUGACAAA